AUGCCAGAAACUCAGGGCGGAAUGUACGCUAUUGCGAUCACCCUAAGUGUUCUCGCGACUUUCUUCGUGGCACUCAGGUUUCAUUGUCGAAGAAAGCUGAAGUUGCAGCUCCUGACCGAUGACUGGCUCAUCAUUCCCGCUCUGUUUUUCACUCUCGUACUAGGAGCUUUGAUGAUAGUUGGCGCUGCAAAGGGCCAUCUGGGACAACAUACAGAGAUCGGUGAACAUGGACCAGUGCAGGACUCCCGUCUGACAAUCUUCUCGCAAACACUCUUCACGAACCAACUCGUGCAACUUUUCGCCGUCGGCCCCACCAAAGUCAGCGUCCUCUUCUUCUACCGCCGUAUCUUCACUGGAAUAUGGUUCAACCGUCUGUCUAUGCUCUUGAUUGUUAUCUCCAUCUCCUGGGGCGUCGUAUUCUUCUUCACGAACCUCUUCCAAUGUCUCCCUGUCAGCGUGAGCUGGUAUGCGUUCGGUCGAGGCGAUGCGUGUAUGAGCGAGAUCCCGAUGUAUUUGGCUCAAGCCUACAGUGAUGUAGUUGUGGAUUUCUUUAUUUUGUGUCUGCCUGUGCCGUGGAUUUGGAAACUGCAUAUGAAGACUAGGACGAAAGUUGCUAUUACUUGUUUGUUCUUACUUGGCGCACUUACUAUUGCGGCGAGUUGCGCGAAGAUGGUUGUGCAGUAUUUUGUUGGAUCGCACCUCAGCGGCAAACCAGACCUAUCAUAUUACCUUACACCCAUCGUCUACUGGCCCAUGAUCAGCGCCUCCGUCGGCAUCAUCGCCGCGUGUCUCCCCACGCUCCGCCCCCUCUUCAAGGGCUGGUCCGUCGAACUCUUCAUUGCAAAUAUGAAAUCUACAUUCACACUCCGCUCUACCACCGCGUCUAGUCAUUGGGAUGGAACCGGACGCAGCAAGGGUAGUCGUAGUGGCGACGAAGAGAGUUUGGGAAGUAGCACUGGUGGGCAUUUGUAUAAACCUGGUCGUAAUGAAAAUAAAUUCGAAACAAACGUUGAAAUCGUACCGCUUGAAUCGGUUAGAAUUCACAAAGAUGAAACUGCGCCGGGAGUUAUCAUGGUUAGGAAGAGUGUUAAUCGCACGGAUGAGCCGUUGUAA